AUGAUUCUUACUUUCAUAUUUUCUAUUUCACUUUAUUAUACUAUUUUUAUUUUUCAAUCAAAUUCUUUUGAAUUACAUUCAUCAAAUAUAAUCAUUUCAUUAACAAGUACACCUGAACGAUUUCAUUAUGAACUUCCUUUUGUGAUUCAUUCAUUAUUAUCUCAAACACAAUUACCAAAACAAAUUCGUAUCUAUUUAUCAUCUACUCCUGUAAUUAUCAGACAAAAAAAUCUCACAUUAAGACAUUUAAAAACGUAUAUAAAACGUUUGGAUUCAUCAAAAAUUACUGAGAAAUUAUUUGAUAAAUUAGUACAAAUUCGAUGGGAAGAAGAAGAUUAUGGUCCAACGAUGAAGUUUCUUCCAAUUAUUAAAGAAUUUCAAUCGAAAUCACAAGCAAUUAUGAUUUGUGAUGAUGAUCAAUAUUAUCAUCCAUAUACUUUAGCAACAUUAAAUAAAUAUUCAACUAAAUAUGAAAAUAGUAUUAUUGGUUUCAGAGGUUGGCGAGGUAAAAAAUUUAAAGGAUAG